AUGGAGUCGUUUUUCUUAGCGGAGACAACCAAAUAUCUCUACCUGAUAUUCGACCAAAACAAUUUUCUUCAUAAUGAUGGACAAAAAGCACGAAUAGUGGACACACCGAAUGGAGAGUGCGUUGUGGAUGCUGGUGGCUACAUAUUUAAUACGGAAGCUCAUCCAAUCGACCCUGCUAUUGUACAUUGCUGUUCUGCACAAAGACAGGCUGAACGUGAAGCUGUUAGAGAGUGGGAAGAUAAAUAUGAUUUGUUAACAAUACUCGACCAUCGUGAUACUGUGUCUCCAAUGUUGCUUCGUAAGGAAACGCUGCCUGAAUUCCUGACCAAUUUGAAGAAUAUACGCGAGGAUUUGCAGUAUUUGAACGAGGUGAACUCUUCAGAAACGACCUCGACAUCAAAAAUGGGAAUAGAAUUCGAAGUCGAUGAGUCGUUUAUCUUAGACGGUUAA